AUGUCGCUCGUUCCCACCUCUUUCGUCGUCGCUGACGCCCCUCUCCGCGCGCGCGGUACGAAGUCUUCCGCUGCGCCAUCUGCGCGCGUCUUCGGCGUCGCGCGCGUCCUCGGUGCGACACAGAGCCCUUUCGCGUCCGCUCGAGGUCAUCUUACUCACAAUAAAGCUCUACCUCUCGAGUCCGUGUACGACCUCGCGAGCGUCGACGCGUGGUCGGUGACGGACGUUUCGAGGGAAGGCAUACGUGUGUUCCCUCAAGGGUCGGAGACGACGCUGUUCCAGGUCGGUCUGGCGCCGUAUUUGGCGUACCUGUGGUUCUUGGGAAAAACGCGCACGACGCCGCGGACGAGCGAGCUCGGGGCGCGGUUCUUGCUGUUAUUCGUGGCGGCGACGAUUCCGGCCGGGAUCGUGGCGAAAGCGAAAUAUGGGGAUAUAUUAGCCAAUGUCGAUCUCUUGCACGGAGGGUCGGAGUCGCUUUUGACCAUCUCGAACGCGUUAUUUGCGUACGGGUUCGGCUCGGCGGCGGCGCAAGAUGCGGGUGAUGAGAGUGAUUCGGACGCGAGUAGAUCCGCGAUUGGUUUUUUGGGGGUGUUAGUUUUAGCAUGUGCCGCUGGGACGCUCGCCUUGGACGCGAGCGCAGGGACGGUGAUCGGAACAGACGUGCUGGAGAGCGAACCAACGAAUGCGUUGAGCUUGCCGACGUGGGCGGUGCACGUCUCUAGUGUCACGGAGUGGGCGUUGGCCAUGAAGUACGUCGCCGGGCACGCUGAUCGCACAAAGAACGAGCGAUGGCGCUAUCUGACGGUCGCGAUGUCACCGUUUCUCGCGAGUGGUUUUACCGCAUGUACGUUCCACGCGUUUUACAAUCCGUCGACGCUGAAUCAGCUCGUGCCGUUGCAGGCGACGCUUACGUUAUUGGGGAACGCUGGGUGUGCGAUCGCGGCGUACCGUAUAUCGAAGAACGACGAUGUGGACUCCUCAGGAGACGUAACCGAGGGCUUGAGCGCAUCCGCGAUCGCCAUCACGGGCGAGCCACCAAUCGAGAACGGCGCGUCGUUUGCGCUGAAAUUGGCUCUGUGGACGUCGCUCGCGAGCGCGGCGGUCAAGUACGGUGAGCUGGGAGUACCGGUCGCAAAUUUCUUCGCCGAGCCUUCGUACGGUAAAGCGCUCGCGAUGAUUGCGCUACCGAGCGUCGUCUGGACGUAUUACGCCCUAAACUCGGGCGAGCGCGCGCCAACGCUUUCGAUGAAGGAUGUGAAAUCCUUCGGCGUCGCGGGCACCGUCUCGUACGUCGUCAUCGAGCUCGCGUUCUGGGCCAUCGCCGGCCCGCUCGCAUUUGCGUGGUACAAAGUCGCCGAGGGCACGUGGCUCGACCUCUCGGACCCCGUCGACAAGGCGAAACUCUUUGGCGCCGGAGCCGUAUUCAUCAACGUCGUCCGUCUGUUCGUCCCGCUCAGGCUCGCCGCCGCCCUCGCCCUGGCCCCGUACGUCGCCACAUUCAUCGACGACGACGGCGACGACGAAACAGCGGAAUAG